ACCGCUUACUUCUUUUUCUUCUGGUGAUCUGGGUUUGUUUCCUCGGCCCCCUCCUCCGCCCCUUCCCUCUCCCUCCCGCCUUCAGCGAAGUGACACAGGCAACACCUGCUCGCUCGUGUUUGAUGUUGGAACUCGCACCUUCUCGGUGGUGACGGUGCCAGAGUACUAGGGACAGGGGGACGGAGGCCGAUUUCCCUUCUUUCCAGCCCACGAUGCCUAGAGGGGCAGCGGUGGGGCUGCGUGGGGCUGCGCCCGCAGCACUUGGAGGCGGGAUUUCGGGGCUGCAGCUGGACAGGAGUUGCUGCUAAGUGGACUCGGCGCGAAGUCUCCGAGAGGCCAUCGGCUGGGACCUGUCUGCGUACAGCGGGAGCAGGGGCACCUGGACCCAGGAACCCGGGCGUCUCGCGGGUGGAGGACGCCGAGCUCAGCGCCUCGUCCUUCCCGCCCCGAACCUCUCCAGCAGCUCCCCGACGUUGGAGACCCGGGACCUGCCAGAACCGGGGACUGGAGAAGUACACGGCUGAGGCUGCUCUCCUGAAGGUGAACCGUUCGGUGCGAUUGCCUUUCCCCGGAGAGCAAAAGGGAGCGCGGAGAAGGGGACGGAGGAUGUGUGUGUGUGCGUGAGAGGGAGAGCCAACGCGAGGCCAGAGGAAAAGUCUUCACUCGGCGUUAAAAGCCAACAAAUCAGAGCCGGAAUCCGAGCGGUGAUUGCUGCAGGACCGCUUUGAGCCUCGCAGUCGGGGGAGCCGAGCGCCCCGCGCGGAUCCGGCGAGGACCGCGGGCGCUGGCGGGGCUGCGGGACCUGGGCUUUUCCUCAGUAAACAAGUCUUUUGAUUACUUUGACACCGUGGAAUCAAGAGGGGGAACCAGACGAGGCUCGCUCACUCCACCUGCCGCCCGCUUUAACGGGAUUCCAGGUCGGAUGUCAAGAGAUUCCUGAACGCUCUUUGCCAUCGGAGGAGGAAACACGCGCGCGCGCACACACACACACACGCACGCUCAGGGCCACACUCACACGCCCUCCACGAGCGCACACCACACUUGGGUUCCCUAUGCCCCUGAACGGUGACGGCGGAUUGGCAUCCGGGAAGCGAUGCAAGAGCGAUAAGCCUGGCGUAGGCCCGCGGAAGCUGCAGGAGCAUCGCUAGGUGUUGCCGCCACCAGGAAGCCGGGCUGCAGGAUGAGUAAGAGAGACUUACAGAAAGCAACAAAAGGAAAGCUUCUGAUAAUCAUAUUUAUUGUAACCUUGUGGGGGAAAGUGGUCUCCAGUGCAAACCAUCAUAAAGCUCACCAUGUUAAAACGGGCACUUGCGAGGUGGUGGCACUCCACAGAUGCUGUAAUAAGAACAAGAUAGAAGAACGGUCACAAACAGUCAAGUGCUCCUGCUUCCCUGGGCAGGUGGCAGGCACCACACGAGCUGCUCCAUCUUGUGUGGAUGCUUCAAUAGUGGAACAGAAAUGGUGGUGCCAUAUGCAGCCGUGUCUUGAGGGAGAGGAAUGUAAAGUUCUUCCGGAUAGGAAAGGAUGGAGCUGUUCCUCUGGGAAUAAAGUGAAAACAACCAGGCUCACCAUGUUAAAACGGGCACUUGCGAGGUGGUGGCACUCCACAGAUGCUGUAAUAAGAACAAGAUAGAAGAACGGUCACAAACAGUCAAGUGCUCCUGCUUCCCUGGGCAGGUGGCAGGCACCACACGAGCUGCUCCAUCUUGUGUGGAUGCUUCAAUAGUGGAACAGAAAUGGUGGUGCCAUAUGCAGCCGUGUCUUGAGGGAGAGGAAUGUAAAGUUCUUCCGGAUAGGAAAGGAUGGAGCUGUUCCUCUGGGAAUAAAGUGAAAACAACCAGGGUCACCCAUUAACCAAGGAUAAACCAAGUGAUCCUCGAGGCUGAUUACGUUGAGCAUAUGCACAGGAACUCAACUCCUGAGGUGAUCUUGAAGGAAGAUUUUUAUACCACUCCGAAGAGGCACACCAGAGUCUGUUGUUUCCAAGGGAUUUCAUGGCUCAUAAUCAGCCCCUUCUGAAAAUCAAGACUUUUAAAAAGUCAGACAUGAACUUCUACGUCAUGAAGAUUUCAUCAGAUUUGAACUGUGUUCAACUUGUAAAACUGCAUUUGCUAAAAGAGUUUGAAGUUGCUGUCUGAUUGGUGUUUAUGGAAGAUGUCAGAGACGCUCACGUUUUGGGCUCUUGGCUCCAGAUGUGACUGCUUUUCUUGUUUCUGAAAAUCUCCAAAGUGCCCUGGCCUUCUGUCAUGGGCGUGUUCCUGGGUCCUGUGUUCCUUGGCUAGUGGGACUGCACACGGCUUAGUGACAUUUCCUUUGCAAACUUCUCCUCUGGCAUGGUGUAGACUGAGAAUUUUAUUUGUACCUAAUCUUGGAGCUCUGAAAGCCUACAUGUUUUAACAUCUUCAAGUUGCUUUUGUUAAAGGAAUGGAAAUAUAUACCAUUGAUAAUAAUUAUUGUUGGCAAGUAAUAGUUACCUGAAUACAUCAAUCAUAUAAGAAUGUAUAGACAAGCUGACAUGUUUCCCCAAGGCUAAAACACCACUGCAGCUCUCUGUCAGUUACAUAGGUAGUAGUUAGAACUGAAUUGCCAUUUUCAUUAUAUACUAUUUUGUACCUCUAGAGCACUCUUUCUUUCAAAGUGGGCUUUUUCUUUCAUUUUUCUGUUUACUUUUUCCCUUCACAGAAAUCAGCACUGAGCAGUCAAGUCUUUGGGUUGCCUUCAGUUUCCAAAAAUUGCCAGGGAUGCAUGUGGGUUUCUGACUUCUUAACCUGAAAAAGUUAUUCACUUAGAUUUCUUCUAGUAUUUUUUUUUAACUGUCCUUUUUAUCUCAUUUUAAAAGACCAUCUCUUGCUCGAUCUCAAUGACUGUUUGAAUGCUUAUAUGUUUGUUCAGUCUGUUGAUAGAGUGUUCAUUAUUCUUGGUCUGAAAUUUAUAAAUAUUUGCUUAUAGUUGUCCCAUUCAAAGAAUUUCUUAGGUCAGUUUUUGUCCACAUUUUUGUAGUCAUUUUAACAUUUGUGGUUUUCAGUUCUACAGGAAAGUCUUAUAAAUAUUUAAAGGCCUUAAACAUGUAUCUACUUUUUUUUCUAAGUUAUUACAGAAUGUAUAAUUUUAUACUACAUUUUGUUUUGUUUGUGGAGGGAGAGAAGAAUGGCAAUUGCAUAGCCAUUCUGUAAUAAUAUCGUGUAACAUAUAGUUUGAGGGCGUGUAAAGAGAGAGAUUUCUGUGUUUUACUCAUCUUAGACUAACGAGAAGAUAACUUCAGAAACUGUCCUAUUAGAAGUUCCAUUAUGUUAGAGAAAGUGUAGACAUCUGUUGUCUUUUUAAAACUCACUGACUUGGUCAAUUAGGUAUAUGUUGAUUGCAUGAUGGAGGCUGACAUACCCUGAAGAGCUUCUGUCUGUAAGCUGGUAACAACUUUCGAAGACCAAUACAUUACCCAGAAUCUUUUCUGGGCAGAACAAAUAAAAGUGUAAAAUUUGUUAAAAAUUAAAUUUAUAAAGUAUACUUUUGACGUCGAACUAAACUAUAUUCCCCACAAGUCCAUGGAAUGACAUGACAUCUUCCCUUCAUUUUAUGCAUUUAUUAGGCAUAAAAUUAGAUGGCUCUGAGUGGAUUUUGCAAUGAUUUCGACUGUAUGAACUUAAAAACAGUUGUGCUGAAGUUUCUGCAUCAAUUAUAAUAUCAAUUUCUUUGGAACAAAGUGGAAAACUAUAUUGUUUUGGAAAUUAUGAAUUUGUCUUAGGUUUGUUUGAAAUUAUAGAUCAUGCUUCUCAUUUUUUAAAUGAUAUCCUUUAAAACAACACUGGAAAUUCUGUAUUAUAUACAAGUGUAAUACAUGCAUAUCAAUAGAAAAAAUAAAUGGAAUUUCAAAUAUACUAACUAGAUUAUCCCCAGUAGAUUAAUGUUGUGACUAUUCAGAAAAGGUGAAUAAAAUUGGGAUAUAAAAUGGA